AAUACGAACAGCGUGCACGAGAUCGUGCUCGUCGUGAACAACAGCUAGAAGAGGAAAACAAAGUUGUGCUCGAUGCUAACCUGAAUAGAACCCAGUUGGUUCAAAGCACUAGUAUUGCCUCGAAACAAUCAGGAUAUUAUUGUAAAGUGUGCGAUUGGUGA